CUCAGAGGGAGAGAGAAUGUAGGCAAACCUGAGCAAACACUGAGCUCUGCAGCUGGCAAAUAAUAAAGCACAGAGGAUGAAUGAACUAUACCGUGAAGAGGUUGAGGAUUUCUAUACAUCUGACCUCAAGAAACCUCCAGUGGAGAAAGUGAAUGUUUGGCCAUGCACCGGUGGGAGCAGCAGCAUCUCUGGAGUUUCCUUUUCUUGCCCACGUGUCUUUGUUUGCCUCUCCUUUUUAUGCCAAAUAGGCAAUCUUCUGGGGCAUCCUCAGUGCCUGGAUUAUGGGCCGCCUUUCCAGCCCCCUUUUCACUUGGAGUUUUGCACUGCCUAUGAAAACUUUGGCUGCUGUGACCAGGAGAGAGACAAUAGCAUUGCAGCAAAAUACUGGGAGAUCAUGGAUUAUAUUGACUCCCAGGGGCAAAAGCUCUGUGGAGCAUAUAUUAAAGAUAUCCUGUGUCAGGAAUGUUCUCCAUAUGCUGCACAUCUGUAUGAUGCAGAAAACCCUCAGACGCCUCUUCGAAACCUCCCAGGACUUUGCUUUGACUACUGCUCGGAAUUUCACUUCAACUGCCGCUCCGCUAUCAGCCUGCUGACUAGUGAUAAACACAUCCAGGAAUGCUGUGAGACAAACAGGACACGCUUCUGUAACCUCCUUAACCUACACGAUAAGGACUAUUGCUUCCCCAAUGUGCUGAAGAACACAGCCCUCAACCGUAACUUGGGCUCGGUGGCGGAGGGCCGCAAAGGCUGUCUCCAGCUCUGCCUGAAAGAAGUUGCCAAUGGCCUGAGGAACCCGGUUCUGAUGGUCCAUGCGAAUGACCAUACUCAUCGCAUGUUUGUAGCUGAACAAGUGGGUGUGAUCUGGGUCUAUUUACCUGAUGGCAGUCGGCUGGAGGAGCCCUUUUUGGAUAUCAAAACUAUAGUGUUGGCUACACCAUGGAUAGGGGAUGAGAGGGGCUUUCUUGGGAUGGCUUUCCACCCCAAGUACAAGUACAAUGGGAAGUUUUAUAUCUAUUACUCUUACAUGGAUAAGAAGCAAGCGGAAAAGAUCAGAAUCAGCGAGUUAAAGGUUUCAGCAUCUGAUGUCAACAAAGCUGAUCCACACUCAGAAAGGAACCUCCUGGAGCUUGAAGAACCAGCUGCUAACCAUAAUGGUGGACAGCUACUCUUUGGUGUGGAUGGUUAUAUGUACCUAUUCACAGGGGAUGGAGGGAAAGCUGGUGACCCUUUCGGAAAAUUUGGAAAUGCUCAGAACAAGAGCACCUUGCUGGGAAAAGUCUUGAGGAUUGAUGUGGAUGGAAAAAGCCCAGAUGGAAAGCCUUAUCGCAUCCCUCCUGACAAUCCUUUCGUGUCUGAUGCCAAGGCCCGCCCUGAGGUUUAUGCUUAUGGGGUCAGGAACAUGUGGCGCUGUGCGAUUGACAGAGGGGACCCAGUGACAAGGAAGGGAAGAGGGAGGCUCUUCUGUGGGGAUGUGGGGCAGAACAGGUUUGAAGAAAUAGACAUCAUCAUGAAAGGAGGGAACUAUGGCUGGAGAGCGAAGGAGGGAUUUGAAUGCUACGACAGAAAGCUUUGCCGUAAUUCUUCUUUGGAUGACGUUCUUCCAAUAUUUGCAUAUGGCCGCAAUGUGGGGAAAUCAGUCACUGGAGGUUAUGUAUACAGAGGAUGUGAAUCACCCAACCUGAAUGGCCUCUAUAUUUUUGGUGAUUUCAUGAAUGGUCGACUUAUGGCUUUACAGGAAGAUGAGAAGACAAAUAGAUGGAAGAAGCAAGAUAUCUGCAUUGGUAAAACAAAAGCUUGUGCUUUCCCUGGAAUGAUCAGUUCUUAUAGCAAAUUUAUCAUCUCAUUUGCUGAGGAUGAAGCAGGUGAGCUGUAUUUUAUGUCUACUUCUUAUCCCAGUGCCUAUGCACCACAUGGAUCUCUCUACAAGUUUGUUGAUCCUGCAAGGAGAGCUCCGCCAGGGAAGUGUAAAUACAAGCCUGUCCCAGUGAAAACAAAGAGUAAACGUAUUCCAUUUGCUCCUCGUUCAAAGACCAUUCUUGAGCUGCUUAAUGAAGCUUCAACAACCCAGCCUCCUGCAAAAUCCUCUUCCUCCACUGGAGUCACCCAAGCAGUUUCCUCUAAGAAAGCUAAGAAGACCUCAACCACCAAAAAAAAAGCAUCAGCAGUGAAGCCAGCUUCAGCUGGUAGAAAGACACAAAAGAACAAAGCUGAGGCUAAAAAUCACAAGCCAAAGCAGAAGGUGAAGGUUAGAAAGGUUUCCAAAACUACUCCAGCACCGUCGUUGGCGAAAAAGAACUCCCGCCUAACCAGAACCGAAAAGCUUCCUCGCAGAAAGAAGCAGUAA